AUGGUGUCCCACUUUCCCUGCCCAGGAAAAAAGACAUAUAUGCUAUCAGAAGAUGAAGCAAAGCGUUUAUACGGCCGUCAUAGCCACAUGAGCGUGAUCGAAAAUGUUCAAGAAGUUAAAGAUGAUUUCGGAAAUAAACAAAAAAGACUUCAACAUGCUAUGUACUUGCAUUCGGUCGGUAAGAUACCUAAUUUCGAAAGAUUGCCGUUUUCGAGAAGCUAUAAUUUGGAAAUUGUCGAACGGUAUCUUGAACACGCCAUCCUCUACCAGAACGUCAAUCAACUGAUGGAGAAACGUGAAGAGUUUGCUUUGAUUGAAGACGACUUCGGACCGACACUGGAAAAACUGAUGAAAGAUGGUAAAACACCAUCGUUUCGAAAUCUAGUGGCAGCUUGCAGUACAUACGACGACACAGACGAUAUCGCAGUGCACAUUAAAAAGAGUAAUUCAACCUAUACAUAUUUCAUGGACCGAGGGAUUUCCGAAGAUGAUGCAAAAGCGUAUGGUUUUGCGAUCGCAUUCUAUACAGGUGCAUACAGUCGGGCGAUGAGUAUGGAAGCGGAUUUCGCCAUUCGGCGAUUAACCAAACAGAAGCAAUUCUAUUCGGACGAAGCUAAAGUUGAUGGUAGAGCAGCUAUGAUUAUGUAUUAUCUUAUUAAAGGCCUCUCACAUAUCGAUUUCUACUGGGGUGAGGUGGUACGAUAUAUACAGUUGACCGAGAAAGAUCUGCAGGAUUAUAAAGCUGGCGAAAUUGUGACAUGGUUUCAGUUCAGUAGUGCCGAUAAGGGUGGACAAGACAUGCAAUGGUUCUAG